GAUAGGAAGCUGUACGUUCAAAACAGAUGUAAGCUAAUCGUUGAUAUAUUUUUGCACUUCCAAUGAGUUUUACCUUAAUUAAAUCCUAGACGCGUCUUACUUGUUAUUCACUAACCUCUGUAUCCAUGGAGACACCAGAGCCUGGUCCAGCAGACGGCGAGGAGCGUCUGGUGGAGCUGCGACCACGGACACGCUCCAACCCUGAAGGUGCUGAGGACCGUCGUAGCAGCACGGGCAGCCUGGGAGGCAGCAGUAACCCAAACAUAUCUCAGCCUGCUGUGGGCAGUCGUGUGGAGGGGGAGGGCGAAGCUUCAACCAGCGACAGUCCUCCGAGUUCCACCACCACCACUGUCUCAACAGCUGCUGCUCAGACUGUAGUUCCAGCUGCAACUGCAGUGGCGGCUGCAGCCAGUGCUUCAGUGCCUCUAUCUACUGCAGCUGCUGCAGCCAAAGAGAGGCCAAAGCCUACGCAGCAGCAGCCCCCACUGGCAACCUCUGUCCCUCCACCAGCAGAGUACCAGCUCCGAGUUCCCCGUGUCAACUGCCCAGAGAAAGUGAUUAUCUGCUUAGACCUUUCCGAAGAGAUGUCUUUGCCAAAGUUAGAAUCUUUUAAUGGGUCUAAAACAAAUGCCCUGAACAUUUCUCAGAAGAUGAUUGAGAUGUUUGUCAGAACUAAACACAAGAUUGACAAACGGCAUGAGUUUGCCCUGGUUGUAGUCAAUGAUGAUGCCCUAUGGCUGUCGGGCUUCACGUCUGACCCCCGGGAGCUGUGCAGCUGUCUGUAUGAUCUGGAGACCAACGUGUGCGAGUCCUUCAACCUGGAGGAUCUUCUUAAUGUAAUUCGCCAGAAGAUUGAGCUACCGUUGAUGGAGAACGUUCAGACCAUCCCACCUCCUUAUGUGGUGCGGACCGUGCUCAUCUACAGCCGACAUGCAGGACAGCUUCAGUUCAACCCUUCUGAGGCUGUUAGUAAAAUGCUACAGUCUCCAUAUUUUUUCUUUGAUGUGGUCUACCUACACAACGGGGUGGAGGAGCAGGGGGAUGAGACGAGCUGGAGGGACAACUAUACCUCUUUCUGCAACCUGGACUCAAAGGGCGUUUGCUAUCGCUUCGAGGUUUCCCUGAGUGGACCCGCUCUCGAGCUGCACAACUGCAUGGCCAAACUUCUGGCUCACCCUUUACAGAGACCUUUCCAGAGUCAUGCUUCUUACAGCCUGCUGGAGGGGGAGGACCCCCAGGACAUUGAGGCAACAGUCUAAACUUUGACGCACUCACAAAGCAUUGCUUCUCUGUGAAAUUUACACACUGUAGUUUGUCAGAUAGGGGGCUGGGGUUUUUUCCAAGUACACUUUAUUACUUAAGAGUUUUUUCCAUUUCCUGCUAGAGAGCAAUAAUUCCUAAAAAUGUUUAGGAAAACUAGGCGUAGUUAUAAAGGUAUUUCUGCAGGUUUCUAUUAACACUAUCAUUGUGUUUCAGUAAAACAAUGAAUGAGUCAUUCACUGUUCUAAACUGCGGAAGUAAUACAAUGAUCCAGUUGUGAGCAGUAAGUCUUAAAGGAGGAAAUCAAACAAACUACAGUACACAUGACAGUUUUCCAUAGCAGGCCUUUUGGGACAUUCAAGUAAUGAACUGUAAUAUGAUGUACUGUAUCAUGGAAGUUACAACUUCUGUAAUGUUUCUUUCCCCUUUGGUAAUUUCCACCUUUGUUGCCUAUUUUAAUGUAUUUUUUUAUUUUAUAAGGGGUUGUUUUUAAUCAUUUGUUCAUUUGUCACUCUUGUAUGUUACACAGACAAUGGAAGAAUGUACAGUAAUAUAGAUGUGGCCUCAUUUGAUUUAAAACUUUUCUUGACAAUGAUCUCUGUGGCGUUGAAGCUUUGAUUGUGAAAAAGGCCCUUGUACGGCCGGUCUAGCUGCACUUGAAACGCAUUGUAUAGAUAAGCUUUUCGAAGCUGUUUCUGGGUAUUAAAAAGAUAUGUUUAAUCAUA